UUAAUUUUUGAAACAGUCUUGGUAAAGAGCUCAUUAUUGACAUUGAUCUAAUUUCAUUGUGUGGGUUCCUCGGUCAUGUCAGUUGACAAAAUAAAACAAAGAAUUCCAACAGACCAAAAACUGAAGAUUUCAUCAAACACUUAAUAGCUUGGAUCUUGUUUAGAUUGGUCACGGAGUCCACAGGCUUGUCCUGGAUAGAGGGGACUAUUAGUGUGUAUUCCCAGAAGCUCUCUUAGAUUUUUCUUAUUCAUAAUAUUGAUCAUUUUGUCAAGAAAUCAAUACCACUGCGCCAGCCAUCGUUGCAAGGCGUUGAGGUCUAUAGCCAUUUCGUCAUGUGCAUCCAAAGGAGAGAUACGUGUUGAUUUCGUGGUGCAAUAUCUCCUGUGCUGUGUCGGAGAGAACAUGGAUUUUCAUUGUAUCUGAAUAAUACCGUGUUAUCUCAUCAAGGUAGAAAAAGGCUAUAAUUGCUGUUCUCCAGGCCAGCUUGUGAAUACAGAGGAUCUUCUGUUAGAUGAGGACAUUUUUUUUUCUUGUCCCAUUUUUUGUGUGGAUAAUUAUCAGUAAUGUUGGAUCUAUUAGAAUAUGAGAUGCUGAUUUUUCUUCACAAAAAGUGAAUUGAAGUGCGAUGUAGGCUGUUUUGUAAUUUAUGAGAAGUUGUUUACUGAAUUUUUGCAUGGAUGGAUUUAUUAUGGAGAGAAUAAGGUGGAGCGUUUGAUCGGUCGAUAGUUACUUUGCUCUGGAACAGGAAAAUGUGAAAUUCUCUUUGAUUUCUCAAAUAUGGCUAACUUUGAGAGAAAGCUUCCUGUUCUGGAAGGGAGGAGUAGAGAAAAGAGGCGAUCUUUCCUCCCAACCCCCAAAUCCUUCGCUGCAACCUCAGAAAUACAGGGCCAAAGCACACAAGAGCACCCAAAGCAAUUUUCGAAACCGGAUACCAUCAAACCUCUACUUCAGGUCGGCGACAAAGUUUGUAUUGGUGGGAUAAAGCUUGGUGCGUUGCGUUAUUUCGGAAAAACACACAUUGCUGCAGGAUUAUGGUGUGGAAUCGAGUUAUUCGAGCCGGAAGGGAAACAUGAUGGUGAAGUAGAGGGUGUGAGGUAUUUCACUUGUCGACCUGGACAUGGAAUAUUUGCUCCAGUUGACAAAGUGUCCAAGAUAGAACUCGUGUCACAUGACCUGCACGGUGAUGUAAUAGAGGAAGAGACAGACAUACCGAUUGAAGAUGUACCCGAACAGAAACUAGUCACUAUCAGACCUCAGCGACGGUUGUUACCUCAGCCGCAGGUUUUUGUAAGGAGAGAUUCCAAAGAGAAAAUUACAGUUCCAUCGAAGAUUGAGGAACAAAAUGAAGACUUUGAUGAGGUGGAUUUCAUGGACACGUGUGCCGCUCAGGAAUCUACAGUGAUACCCACAAAGAGAUGUUUACCCAAGCUUGAUUCCAAAAUCAGACCACCAAGCUCAAAACGUUUACCAGAGCUUUAUAAUGAACAGGUGUGUAAUUUGAGUGCAAAAGAUCUAAAGCAAAGUGCUAUUUAUACACCCGCUUCAACUGCAGAUGCUUUCAAUAAGAAUUUAAACAAUUGCAAUUCCAUUGAAAAUGAUAAUGCAAGCUUAGACACCUUGCCACAACCUUUGCUUGAACCAGGGGUCUCCACCUCUUCCAAACGUAGUAGGUUACCUGGUCCUUCCAAGCUUCCUCUGCCACCCGGCACCACCAUCCCAGACACCAUAAACACCAUGUCAGACAAUCAGAUACCCCCUGAUACAGGGUCCACUGAGAAAAUUGGGAACAAAACUUUUGUGAGUGGGAACUUGAACAAAACCUACAAUUUAAGUGAAAUUCAAAUGCCCCAUGCAACAAAUAUAAAGUCUGUAACACAAAGUAGUGGGGAGGACUCGAUAAGUGGGGAAGUUAAAGAAUGUUUAUCCUCUGAUCAUCGUCAUUUUCUUAACUUGACCUUUGAUAUGGAAGGUGGUGCCUCGCCCCCACAACCUACCAGCUCCACCCAAAGCCCAGAGAGGGACCCUGAAGACCUCCACCCACCCACCCAAGCUGACGGCACAUUUGAUAUCAGUCAUAAUUCUAGUCUAGGGGUGUUGGAUGUUCAUGAUUCUCAGCUUAAUUCCGAUUUGUUGCAGGAGGACACUGGUAAUGUGUUGGAUGGGGAGAAAAAGUCACUGUUGAAUCUAACUGAUUUGGAGAAGUUGUCCAAAGUUUCAGUUCUGGUCAGAAGGCAGGAUCGCGUGGCUUCCCUGGGAGACACAUUUGAGGCUGAAAAUGCAAUAACCUCAACUCCUGUUGUGUCUGGAGGUGGAUCCAAAUCCAGUUUAUCGAGUUUCAGUGCUUUGGCCAAAGAUAAACGUACCAAAGAUGAAAGUGAAGCUGUGAAAUUUGAUGCUCCUGUUAAAUUCAAUUUGAAUGCAACAUUUAAAAUCGGGGAGGAAAAACCUGUGGAUAUUAUUGGUUCUGAUACUUUGGACUGGAGAGAAGAGGCUUCAGAUGGGGAGGAACAGUCGGUCAGUUCAGAGGACAGUCUAGAGAACAAAGCAAUGAACCUGACUCAAGACCAGAGUCGGCUGAAGGCAGCCCAAAAAGAGGUAGACAAUUGUGUGGACAGUUUGACUGAAAAACUUACAAAUUUGGGAAUUGCUUCGGACAGUGAUGUGGCACAAGCUACCCUUAGUGCGCCCAAGCCAAAGCUGCCAAUGGUGGAUUCUGGGAUUUCGGAACAAGGAGACAUAAUGACCCUGGAGCAGGGUAGAAUGGCAGAUUCAUGCGAGAUGAGACAGUCGGUGACUGAGGAGAAACAGAAUCUGUACCAACUCAUCGAGGAGAAGGAAGAAAUUCAACUACAGGCUGACCUGAUUGCUGGUCAUUUGAAAAAGGAGCGUCCAUUGUCACUGGUGUCCUCCAUCAGUGCUGAUACAGGCUAUGUGCCGGACACUGACUCGGAGCGGGGCACCCUGACCAUUAAUUCCCCCUUGGACUGGGCCGAGAAGAUGGCACAGUCCUCCGAUUCCAUGGCUGGCCUGGAACUGACCGAUCUGGAUGCGGCUUAUGCUCAGUCCUUCAAGAACUUCCAGUCAGCUGUCUUGAGAGGGGCAGGGCAGAUCUUGGAAGAAAGUGAUUCAGAUAUUUGUAGUGAUGUUGGCACAGUUUUAGCGGAUCAGAAUGAUUUGGGAAAGGAUGACUCGGAAUCUGAAAACAUGUCAAACCUGUUGACAGACAUUAAAGGAAUCUCUGCUGAAGAUAUUCUGCCCCUGGCCAGUGAGGAGAGAGACACAGAGCCCAUAGAAAACGGAGCUGAUGUUCCGCAGUGUGCGCCCGACACAGUAGAAGAGGAUGAGAGGAUAGAGGCUGACCAGCAACUGGACAAGCUGAAUGUGACAGUGGACAUCACCAGGGAUAGAGGACAGCCUCAGGAGGAGGAGGCAGAGGACCUGGAGGAGAGGGUUGAGGAGCCCGAGGAGGAGAAUGAGGUCACGGUUAAGGAAGUCUCUGAGGAUGAAAGUGGAGACGAGGGCAGUGUUACUGCUGAGGAUGCAAGGCAGGCACAGAAAAGGGAUGUGAAAAAGAAGAAAAAAGAGGCUGAGAAAGUUGAGCAUAGGAAACCUAAUAUAAAAGUGGGAUCUCGGAUAGCAGACUAUAUCAAAACUCCAGUUCCUGUGAAAUCUAAGGACGAUAAUACUGAAGCUGCAAAGAAUAAACGGAACAUGGGACCAAAAGGGAAGGCAGCAAAAUUACUUGAAAUGAAAACCAAAGCAGUCAAGGAAGAAGUUGCAGAGGUAAGAAAGAGGAGAGAAAAAGUGGAAAAAGAGCCACCAAAGAUCAUUAAAAGGACUCCUCCCAAGAGUAAAUGGGACAGUAUAAUGUCGCAGAUUGAUGCAGAAAAAAAUGUGGCAAAGCCUAAGGCUGAAGUGAAAAGUAAGCUAGAGAGCUAUCUCAGUACACCCCCACCACCCACAGCUAAAAAAGAGGUGGCAACCAAAGAAAAGCCCAAGAAAAAGCUACCCAGUCUACCUACACCAGACUUCAGCAAAGUGAAGAGUAAAUUAAACCUUGGAUCCCCAGUGUCUGCUAUCAGAAGGGAAUCAUCUCCUGCAACCAGUAAGAAGAACUCCCCUAGAAGCAAUUUUACUGGAGAUGUUGUGAAGAGACUGUCCUCUGUAGCUUCUAAUGGGAGCUCCAAUGCUCCCAAACUGGAUUUGAAUGACUCUGUUGGCAGCAGCUUACUUGGAUCCGCAAUCAGCUCUGUACGGAGUAGCCAUUCGGAUCUGGCCGGAAUAGAUGGAGGAGGGGAGUCUAGUGUUCCAGGCACUCCCAGGACUGUGCAAAAACCUUCUAAUAAAGCUGUGGGUAAGGUCUCCAGCCUCCAGGACCGAGAGAGAAGGGCAAGUACAUCCAGCACCAUGUCAACGGCUUCUCAGGGAUCUGUAAAGGCCUUAAAUGCAAAGAAUGCAAGACUUUCCGAUGUUGGAGUUCAAUCAAGACGGAAAUCUGUCCCUGCCCGCAGCAGUAUUCCUCCAAUCAGUCCUUCUAUCAGAAGAACCUCGCAGGCUUCUAGAAGUCUUGACUCUUCUCCCGCUAACAGACCUCUUAAAAAUACUAACUCCCGGGGUGACAGGGCAAAACUCGCUUCACAACAAGAAAAUAGAAAGGCUACUCCGAAAGAUGUAAAGAAGGCAAAGGGAGAUAACAAGCCUAAAUCUCCACCAUCAGCUCGAAAGAACAACAACCAGAACAGGAACAAGACAAAAACAAAGAACAACCAGAAAUCAGCCAAUCAGCAGGCUGAUGUCAUCAGUCUACACAGCAAACAGGAAGUGACACGUCUCGAGGCUCUGUGCGAGACUCGCACCAAGGAACUGAACUAUGCCAGGCUGCAGAUGAAGAGCAACCUGCAGGCUUUCGAUGCCAUGACCGUGAUGGUACAAUAUCUCUCAGAAGAUUUGGAUGCAUUUUCGAAUCCAAAGUUGUCAGCUCAAGUAAAAGUGCUGCAGAGACAACUGGAAGAAACCAAGACACAGAUUGAGGAAACUCAGGCUCAGAAAGCUAAAUUGGAUGAGCACAUCUUACAACUGGGUAAGGACCAUUUGGACCAAAUCAAUGCCCUCAAAGUGGAGCAUGAAAAACAGAUAUCCUGGGAAAAGGAAAAACAUGAAGACAGCUUGUCAAAUUACAGGCAGCUAUCUGAUGAAUACCACAAAAAAGAGAUACACCAACUGAAGUCCUCUCACGAUGAAACGAUUGCUGAAAUAAAAUCUGAUAAUUCUCAAAUAAUCCAAAAACUCAAAAAAGCUCAGGAAGAUGACAUUUCAGCACUCAGGAAUAAACAUGAAGAGCAAAUGGAAGAACUUCACAAGCAACACAGAGACAAGCUUGAAGAAAUAACACACAGAUUUGAGAACAUCAAAAUGGGGCUCUCUGACAAAGUGGAGACCCUGCGUAGUGAAUGCGAUGACUUGAGAACCAGGGCUCGCUCCAGUGAAGAGGCUCUGCUACGAGACUCGGACGUCAAAGUUCAGAUGGCCUUAGCACCUUACAGAAACCUACCACAAGAAAUAGAAAGCUUGAAACUGGUCAUAGAAAUCAGGAAUGAGGAAAUACAGAAACUGAAAAACAGAAACGUGGAACUGGAAAAACAGGCAGGGGAGCUCAUAAAUGCUAAAGAGAAAAUCAUUGCUCAGCAGCAGAAGAUAGAGAACUUGGAGGCCAUCAUCAGCAUGAAGACUGAUCAUGAAAAGCAACUUCAUGACAAAUGCCAGAUGCUGAUGAGGAAAUGUGACAAGGAAAGCAAGGCCAAUAAACGACUGUCAAUGGAUUUCGAGGAGCUAAUCUACAAAGUGAACUUGGCUGAUCCGGGGUCCAUGGAGAAUUUGUCCAAACUGGGAGGCUCCCCUUGUCACAGUGAAAACAGUUCCCCUGCCAUGAGGCGGAAAUCCAAAUCACCUGCAUUCGGUGAUCUGGAAAAAUCUCCAGCUAGCCACGUGUACAGGAGAUCGCUGUCUUCUGUGGAAAACUCUGCUGAAAAGAAAAUGAAGAGGCGGUCUGCAAAUUUCCUGCUGGAGAAGGAGAGGACCUCUCCCACUGGAAGCCCGAGGCACAGGGUGAAGACGUACUCAGACUCGUGCUCGCCGACUCGUGGUCUGCAUACUCAUUCUGAGACAGACAGAAUGGCGCAUUCUUGUGAAGAGGUGCCAGUGGACAAACUCAGUGAGGACGGAGCUCGCCUCAUCCAGUCUUGUAAUGAUGCUGAGGUGUUUGAGGCACCUCAUGGUCCCCCUGGAUCUACAACACCAGGGAAUGUUACCAAAAUAACAAAGGGGGAGGAACAGAACAGCAAAGGUACCUCUGAAUCAAAGCCUGAACUGGUGUCAGUGAAUAACUCUCUGUCCCCUGACCCUCAGGAACAAGCAAAUGUGGAUCUGGAAGAGUUUGAAGGGGAGAGUCUACAUGUGGACACAAAUGUUGAAACCAAGGAGGACACUUCUGACCUGUCUCAUUCUACUGAGUCCUACUGCCCCUCUGAAGUGACUUCCGGAACCGGGAGCUUAAUUUGGGACUAUGAGAAACUGGACUCCAUUAAAUCCAUGAACUCAAGUCAAACCAGCCAGACCAGUGACUCUGUGCUGGACAGUUCCACUCUGACGGACGGCAGGGUGGACAACAAUACUCUCACCAACAUCAAAGACUUGACCGAGGAGGAGAGUGAAACCAGUUCAGGCUUCGGGGGUACCGGGGAUUCUCUAGUCACUACCACCAGUCCUUCAGACACUCGGAAAGAAUCAACCGUCUAAACUCAGUGGAUUCAUUGUUUGGCAUUACCUUCACUGAAAAUUUACAGUUCUUUAGUAAUAUGAUAUCCUUCCUUUAUUUCUCUCUCGAUUAUUUGUCUUAAGGUUGUGGUAAUUAAGUAUUGAUUUAAGCUAUCAUAAGCAAGUUCUAGUCAAAAUUGCCACUUCAUCACAACCACCAAUCUGAAAACUUUUAACAAACUACCUCUUGUGUGCAAAGUAAAACUGAUUCUGUCACUCAGAAUUUAUUUACCAAUGCUUGUAUCACAUACAGUAGUUGUAAAUGGGUGGAAAAAAAAUGUAAUAGAUUUAUAUGAUUCUUGAUUUUAAAUCAUUUGAUUCUGUGAUAUAGAAUAUAGAUUAAAUAGAGUAUUAUAUUUGUGCCAGAUAUUUAACACAGAGUAUGAAUUAAACAAGACAUAGCUGAUUCACCAAAUAAAAGCAAAGAAAGAUAACUCCAAACAUUUUGAUACAGAUUUUGAUUCAAGAAAAAAAAGAUGAAAUCCAGGACAUGUUUUGAUCUCAGAGAACAACAUUACUACAUAUCUUUAGUUGUUCACAAGUUGUUUUCACUUAAUUUAAACUAUUUACAUUUUACUGUAUAAAGUUGUAUGUAAUGUGUUUAUAACUUGCUUUAUAUCACUUGCAUUGUAUAAAAUCUCAGGAUUUGAUUCCAUCAUAAAAUACAGCUUUUUCUGCUGAUUGAGUAUCUUUCAAUCACUUUGUAUGAAUAUUUAUAGGGUUUGUUUUGGCCAUACUUCAAGCUGUGUAUAUAUUUCUUGAAUGUUGUACAUGUACUUUUGUGAUUUAGACUAAACUGGUUUUCUUGGCUAGUUUAAUAGUUUACUGCCCUAAAUUCAUGCUAUAUUUAUGUGACUUCAUAUUUGUAUUUGUCAUUGGUUGAAUUAUAUGUUGAAUGAUAUGUCACAAUAUCAACAUUAAGUUGAGUUUCAUGGAAUUGAUUUUCACUUGAAGUUAACAUAUACAUGUAUUUGAGCUUUAGUUGAAGUUAACAUAUACUUGAGCUUCCUUGGCACUUAAAGUAACAUUAUUACAAUGAUUUUAAACAUUUUUCUGUUCUUAACAUUCAUCUGAAAUUCACUUGAAGUUGACAUUUACUUCAGUCUCACUUAAAGACAUUCACUUGAGCUUUUCUUGAAUUUCAAAUUUGCUCAGUAUAACUUUUACUUGAGCUUUACUUCAGUUCACCCUCUGCAAUACUAUUGAAUGCCCAUACAGUGUUUCUGUAUUGGGAAACAUACUACAUGAUCUUUAUUGAAUGCCUCAGGUUGAUUGUAAUUGCUGAACACCACCAUUGUUCAUUUAAGAUGUAAGCUGUAUUCAUGAUUUCUGCUGGAGAAUAAGGUUUCUAAGGUUUUGUAACAAUAAUCACCCCAUUGUAUAUUACUUUCUGUACUUAACAUUUGGCUGUCAUAUCACAAUAGUUCUUUAGGAUGUGGUUCUUUUCCAGAACAUUAAUAUAUUAGCAUACUAUGUAAUUAUUCAUCGAAUUCUUCAAGUUCUUUUUAAAACUGGCAUAUAUUUGUUGAAGGCAAACAAAAUAUUGCAGAAAUCAUCCAUAGACGCAAUAAAAUGAAGAUCACAGAAAAAUCAUGUUGAUAUUGUGAAAUGUCUGUGUACAAAGUUGAAUCAUUCCAUGUAAUUAUUUAUUUAUGUUGUAAAAGCAAGUAAAUAUGUGUUCAGAUGACUUCUGCCAUCAGAUCUUAUUGAUAAAAGUGCUUAUUACAAGA